AACGCCCUGUCGAAAGAGGAACCCCCUAGCUGCAUGCAAAUGACCGUGAAUGCUCAUGGAACUUGGGAUUCGAAACAGCCCCGAACCUUAUUGGGCAGUCUGGUUGCCAUAGAAAACCUCCCGCUGCUGGAGUCUUGCGACUUUCCAGAACCCUGCGAAGCAACGUGCAAUCAAACAGCUUCUUCAGCUGCUUUCCGGAGUUGGGUCACCAAUUCAGAGCGAUAGAUGUGGAAAGAGACUGAGCAGAUAGUCUUUGUAAGGCGCCCCCGGCUCAUUGUGCCUGCUUUUCCGAGUAAACAGUUGCUGAAGUGCAUUGGCCGCAGAUGGAGUCAUCAAGUUGUGCCUCCUUGCACAUUGAAUCAGAUGAUUUACGUAGUGCCGUUCCGCUGCAGCACGUC